AUGAUGUCAUCUCAACAGGACAAGUUGGACACCAGCUCAUUUGCCCACCCUCUGGCCCCAUUUACAUAUGAAAAUGAGGUAUAUCAAGCUGGCCUCAAAGGCCAGAAGCCCUCGAUAACUUUCAACUGCCUUGAAUGGGAAACUCUCGCCAAAGACCGACUCUCGGCAGAUUCAUACGGAUAUGUUUGGGGAUCCGCCGGAACUCGCGACACAGACAAUAACAACAAGAAAGCCUUUAAAAAAUGGGGAAUCAUUCCAUCACGUCUGGUCAAGAGCGACUUUCCAGACCUCAAAACGACGCUUUUUGGCGAGACGUUUGAGUAUCCGAUCGCAAUGGCACCGGUGGGCGUGCAGCGGAUUUUCCAUCCGGACGGGGAGAAGGCGUCCGCCAAGGCUGCGGAGCAGGAACAUGUCACCUACAUCCUCAGCACCGCAUCCGCCACGAGCAUCGAGGAUGUCGCGAAAUCCAAUGGGAACGGGUCACGUUGGUAUCAGCUCUACUGGCCUCUGAAUGAGAACAAUGAUAUCACAAUGAGCCUGUUGUCAAGAGCGAAGGCGGCGGGCUUCAAGGUGUUGGUUGUCACCUUGGAUACGUACAUUCUUGGAUGGCGUCCCAGCGAUCUGGACAAUGCAUACAACCCUUUCAUUCGGGCGGACGAUAUUGGUGUAGCAUUGGGAUUCUCUGAUCCUGUGUACCGUCGCAAGUUUCAAGAAAAGCAUGGGAAGCCUGUUGAGGAGGAUGUCCAAACUGCGGCCACAGAGUGGGCACAUACUGUGUUCCCCGGUGUGAGUCAUGGCUGGGAAGAUCUCACGUUUCUCAAGAAACACUGGGAUGGUCCCAUUGUUUUGAAAGGGAUACAGACGGUAGCGGACGCGAAGAGAGCUGUGGAUUAUGGCAUCCAGGGAAUUGUUGUCUCCAACCAUGGCGGACGACAACAGGAUGGAGGUAUUGCAUCUUUGGACGUUUUGCCAGAGAUUGCGGAUGCUGUGGGAAAAGACUUGGAGAUUAUCUUCGACUCGGGUGUUCGCUGCGGCGCUGAUAUUGUGAAGGCCUUAGCUCUUGGUGCAAAAAUGGUCCUAAUAGGCCGUCCAUACAUUUACGGGUUGGCCAUUCAAGGUGAACAUGGAGUGAGCCAUGUGCUGAAGAGCCUCCUAGGAGAUUUCAAUCUGAGUCUCCACCUGUCAGGGAUCAGCUCGGUGUCUCCUAAGCAUCUUAACCGGUCUGUAUUGCGUCGGACCGAUAACUAA